AUGAUGGAGAACUGCAAGUCCCCAACAGAAGCGCUGCUGGAUCCAACUCCUGUUUGCGAGGCAGCUGCGUGUCCUACCACGAUGAAACCCGAGUCCUUGGUCCUGUUGCAUUUGGCAGCUUCAGUGACCAAGGUUCUUGGCGAUUCUGACUGUUUUCAAGCACUGUCUCUGGAUGUCGGCAAUGUUACACUUUCCAAUGGGCAGACAGCAAAAGGGGUCGUGAUGGAGGUAGGCACCCCGCCACAGUCAUUAGCAUUCUUGCCACUAAUGCCUUUGAACAACUCAUUUGUUUACGGUACGAGCGGCUACUGCAACAGCGUCACAUCCGGUUGGUCGGUCGAUGGUUGUACGACAUUUCGUGGGGGAGCCUACGACCCUACAAACUCAUCAACAAUGCAAAGCGAUGGUGCUGCGUCCCUCUUCGCGUCAGAUGCGACCGGAACUUAUCCCGACCUCGAAAAGUUGUCGGACACCGUCGUCCUCGGAUCGAAUUUCACCCUGGAGAACUUCCCCGUCGGCAUCGCACAGGGUGACUGGGGCGGACAAGGCUAUUAUCCACAAGCAGGGCUAGGACUUGGGCCCAAAUCGACAUUGUUAUCAACAUUGGUUGAUUCUGGUACCAUUUCAUCGCGGACUUGGUCCUGGUUUUGGGGAUUGGAUGGGCCCAAUGUCUCAGAGCAACUCGAUGGAAGCCUUGUCCUUGGUGGAUACGAUAAAGCCAAAGUCAGCGGAACAGGUUAUACGUCGCCUAUCACAACGGGUUCAGAUCGCUGCGCUACUGGUCUGUUUGUGACGUUGUCAGAUGUCCUUGUCCACAUGGUGGACGGUACCUCUGUGAGCAUCUUCACCGACGACAACCAAGCACUUUUAGCAGCUUGUAUAGACCCAUCAUACCCUUCGCUUACGACAAUACCGUACAGUCCAUACUGGUACAACUUUCAAACCAUCACCAAUGCCUCGAUAUCUGGUCGUUCACAAGGAUUGCAGUGGUACAACAUGCGCUAUGAUGAUGGUCAGACUCCAUUCACGGGUGAUAUCAGUAUGGAGUUUGCGUCUGGUCUGAUUGUUCGAGUUCCCAACUCCGAGUAUGUAAGACCAGAUGUGACAAUCAACAAGAACACCGGGGUCCUUGAAGUAAACAGCACCGAGCCCGACGUUGUUGCAAUGAUUUCGCUGCAGGGCUCUAAUUCAAAUGAUGUCAUUAAGAUAGGACGCAACUUCUUCUCCGCAGCGUACCUCAUGGUCAACUACGAUUCCAGCGAAUUCACCAUAUGGCCUGCCAAUCGGACUGCGAGCCAGGAUCUUGUCGCCGUCGACUCCAGAGGUGCGGAGCUCGAUAGCCUCUGUUCAUCAAACAAGAACGCCACUGUGACGGCCGGCGGAGCAAAGCCCAGUGACAGGGGCACGGACACUGCCAAAUCCUUCGACUCGUCGGGAAAUUCCUCUACUCCAGUGGGCCCUAUUGUUGGCGGCGUUGUCGGUGGCGUUGUCGGGAUCGCGACCAUUUCUCUCGCUGCCUGUCUCUUAAUGAGAAGAUUGAAGGCAAAGAAGGAACCGCAGGUGGCUGAGUUUGACCAUGAUGGCGUCGCGAACGGUUUGGCUCCUUCGACUUAUCGUCGCUCUACCAAGUACGAGGCUGCACCUCUCAGCCCGGAAUAUCCAGACCCGUUGCCCGAACUUGCGCCUGAGUCAUUGAUUGAGCUUCCGUCAAUGGAACAUGGGGAGCGGCAUGACAUUUGGCGCUCAGGUGCAGAAACCCCCAGAUAUGAGUUACCAGGUGCUCCCGCUGUAUACGAGAUGUGA